AUCAAGAAAAAACUUGUUGCAUUCAUUUUGUUCACCUUCAGCGAAGAUAUCCUGUGUUUUAUUGACGAGCCAUGGAUCUCAACGAUUUCAAUGAAAACCAGAAAAAGAUUCUGAAACAGUUUCGCGAGGUGGUUAAGGAUUGCCAGUUACCAAAUUCUGAAGAUGCUUACCUUGCACGAUGGCUCGUCGCCCGCGAUUUUGACAUUCCCAAAGCUGAAAAAAUGCUCCGAAGUGCGUUGGAGUGGCGUCGUCAAUUCAAAAUCGACAGCAUUCUAAAUGAUUUCAAGCCGCCGGAAGUCUUGUUAAAUUACGUUUCAGCUGGUCUAGUUGGAAGAGACAAAGCGCAAAGUCCCUUGUGGAUUACUCGUUAUGGAAGGAUGGACAUGAAGGGUAUCCUCCGUUCGGCAAAGAAACGCGAUUUCGUCAUGUACAUCGCCUAUUUGGUGGAAUUCAGCAUUUCAAAGGUGAUAGAAGACCCGAAAAAGUACAAGCCCAGCCCUGACGCCAUUGUCCAAACUACCGUCAUCUUUGACUUGGAAGGUUUAUCCAUGCAACACAUCACUAAUAGACAAGCUGUCGAUGUUGCCAUCAAAUUGAUUACCUUAUACGAAGCUAAUUAUCCUGAAUACCUGAGCAACAUAUUAGUCGUCAACGCGCCCAAGGUUUUUCCUCUUCUUUUCGCCAUGCUGAAACCUUUUAUUCACGAACGAACUAGGAACAAGAUUAAAAUCUUUGGUCACGAUGAAAAGGAAUGGAAAACCGCCAUUCUGGAAUACGUCAAUGUCGAGGAAUUGCCCGUCGCAUACGGAGGGACUAUGACCGAUCCUGACGGAAAUCCCAACUGCAUCAAACUGGUUAACAUGGGCGGAGUAGUUCCAAAAUCGUGCUACUUCAGCUGCAAACCUGACAUCAGUAAUAAAAAGUCUCUGUCGAUCUCAAGAGGAUCUAAGGAGCAUUUGGAAUUCCCAGUCAAAGAAGCUGGUGCCGUCCUCAAAUGGGAUUUCCAUACAGAAGAAAGUGACAUUGGGUUCGCCGUGUAUCGAAAACAAGGAAAUGAAUUGAUCGCGAUCGUUCCGUCAGAUCGGAUCGAUUGCGACAUGUCGACCGAAGAAGGAGAACUCCAAUGUGAUGAGCCUGGCGUCUACGUGAUUGAAUUUGACAAUGGCUUCAGUUACAUUCGCUCCAAGAAAAUCUGGUACGCCAUUUCGGUAGGAUCAGCCUCACUGGUGAGCCAAACCAGUUCCGACUUGGACAAGAUUUAAUAGACCUUCAAAUGGCGAAUAAUAACGAAUGACAUAUGGACUGAUUGAGAUCCUAUCUGUUUAUAUAGAAAUUUCACACUAUUUUUUGGGGUAAAUUGUUGAUACUUUCGGGCAAAGCAUAGAAAUGGAGAAAACAAAUAAACAAAAAUGUCUCUUGU